AGUGACAUCGAAGGUGAAGUAAGUACUGAAUUAAAGAAACUUCUACAACAUAUUACGGAAGUUGAAAAUUGGAAACAGAAGGAAUUUGACCAAUACUGCACCGACAACAUUGGUUCUUCAUGGUUAGAGGACACCGGCGGAGAAAAAACUGCAAAGCAAAAAGCUUGUAAGCUUUUUGCUUUAGGUUUAAAACACAUUUCUGAAAUUAAAGACAACAAACAAAAUGGUGAUGAAUCCCUUAGAAAAACUAUGAUGUGCGCAGCACUUAAUCUUUAUGCUGAUCAAUUAAUAAAAAAAUCAACAGAACAAUGUCCCUUAGAUAGCGAAAAAUUGAAAGAGGCAAUAGAUCACGCUUUUGGUAAAAGUAAAAACAUUAUGGGGAAUAAAACAGCUUCAUGCCCAUCUGGUAGUGGUACUAGUUCUUGUUUUAUUUGCAACAGAUUAGAAGAAAGUUUUGGCACUUGCCGAAUUGGCAGUGACAAUGUAAAGACCAAUUUGAACAAACUCAUCAAAGACAACGACGACGACAACACCAAAACCAACAACACCCCUAACAUGGAACAAACACUUGACAAAAUUAAUAGUAAGGACACUUUUUGUACUGAACUCCAAUGUGCAAUCAUAAAGAAAGUAAAGAGCACGGGGAAAAAACUUCAAAAUGGAACAAGACCAUCUUGGGAUGACAUAAACAAAGACGCCAAAGGUGUCUUAACGACACUCUUAGGACAUAUGACGGUGGGUCAGACUAAAUCGGAAGUUACCAAAUACUGUAACGACAGGAAAUGGGAUGAAUUUGGCCAUAAAGGAAAACACACAAAUAAAGCAGCUUGUUUACUUUUUGCUGCAGGAUUAGAGCACAUUUAUACUCAUGGUAAUGGCCGCAGUAGCGGCCCUGUUAAUGGCCCAUCGUUUGGACAAACGAUGGGUUGUUUAUUUCUUAAAGAAUAUGCAAAACAAUUAAAAGAAAUGGCAGAAAAACAAAAAAAGUAUAAGGUACAUCCUGAUUGUAGCGUAGAUUCGGGCAUAGAAUAUGCUUUUAGCAAAAGUAAAGACAUUAUGGUGAGCGUAUUAACUCGAUGCAAAAACAAUGCUAGUAUUAAUGACUGUUUUGUGUGCAAAAUUGACCAGGAUUAUGGAACUUGCUUAAUUGGCACUGACAAAGUAAAGUCCAAUGUGGAACCAAUGCUCAAAGACAAUGACCGAAACCAAAACCAUAUGGAAAAAACAUUAGAGAAUACAGUCUGUCCCAUCCUUCUUACGGAUAUCCUUACCCCUUUUCUUCCUUUGGCUCCUGUCUCUAUUGGUCUUUCUGCUAUGGCUUAUUACCUUUGGAAGUAUUUUGGUCCUCUUGGUAAAGGAGGACAACGUUUCAGAAGAUCUCCUACUGAAAUUCCGGGUUCAUCAGUACAGGAACAAGUCCUCGAUCAUGUGGAAGAAGCUGGUCCACAUGAAUAUCGAUUAGUGAAGGAACGAAAACCUCGUUCUGCUCCAACGAGAACGAAACGUUCUGGUCGCGUGAAUCGUCGCACGAUUAUUGAAAUUCAUUUUGAAGUGUUGGAUGAAUGUCAAAAAGGCGACACACAAUUGAACCAAAAGGAUUUUCUGGAACUUUUGGUUCAAGAGUUUAUGGGAAGCGAACUUAUGGAAGAAGAAGAACAGGUUCCUAAGGAAGAGGUUCCUAUGGAACUUGUUCCUAUUGAAGAGGUUCCAAUGGAGCGUGUUCCAAGUUUAGGUUCCGGGUUUAUGGUUUAG